AUCAUGUUUGGAACCUUAUAGGUAUACCCUAGGUACCUACCUAGGUGGGUGGUCCUUCACCUACCUCCUUCACCUCCAUACCUACCUUACCUACCCCCCACCUUGCCUUCAAUACCUCCAUGCCUACUACGUAUUUAAUGCAUCACGGCAUACUAACGCUACUCGUCGUGGGCGAGAUUCGAAUGUUUUGCUUUCCGCUUGCGGGAUACGUGGAUAAUUCUACCUAAGUCAUCUAUCAGUUCCAUCCUAUCCAGUCAGACACAGUCCAUCACACACUCUUAAAUAGGGACAUACCUACGUUGUCUGUUGCUUGUGGAAUUCGGCCAACCCAGGCCCCCGCGUCUGCGUCCGCAGCUUCUAGUCCUGUGAAGAUAACAGGCGUCAUUUGGUGCCACAUGCCGAUAACCCAGCAUUUCGCAUGCGAUACCACGCUACUAGAUAAACGCAUUGGAUUCGCGGGCAUCGCUUUCGACUAAUACCUACCAACUACGUCGCGCAUACCGUCCGUUGACAAAGAACGGAGCUAGAGAAGAGGGGCCGAUAUCUUAUCCCGUCAGGAUUCUUUAUUCCCGUCUCCUACUAAGAGGAUACUUCAUCAUCGGGCCUAUCCGUCUAGAAAGCAAACCUGAAGACAUCCCAGUCCUCGGGUGCCGUGAUGGAGACACCAAAGAUACCUGCUCCAAAGGACGAUGGUGAGAGGCGUGUCCUCGAGAAACUCGUUGCAAUUCGAGACCAGCUACAGUUGCGAAAAUCAGAUCGGACUACUUAUGUUCGAACACAAGAUGUCAUGGUCCUCUACGAUCAAACUAUCGAGCAAGUUAAGAUCUUGAACGAAAUUCGACGCGGGAAGCCGGUAGAAGAGAAUCAAGUUGACCGAGUAGUAGAUAGUUGCUUCCAGCUACUGUCACUAUUCUUCAUGACAAUCGGCCGGAACAAUGAAGCGCCCGCUGCUUACGCGCUGACGUCGACGAUCAGGCGGCUGCUAGACCACUUGACCGAAGCCAACCUGUUUUCUGCCCAGGACCUGGAGAGCAUGUCCCAUACACUGGAGCAUUUAUCCAAAAUCGUCCACAAUUCCACCAGCUGGAAUCCUGCCCCUUUCCUUGAAACCUUGAUCGAAAAUCGCAUAGAGCGGUGCCGAGUAUCGUUGUCUCGUCUACAGAAGAGGGUCGAGGACAUUGCCGAGCCGUUGAGACCAAUCGCGGAUAAGCUCGUAUCGAUACUCAGGCAAAUGGCUGUGAUCAACACCAAACCCAGGUUCUCUCCUUCAGAGAUACACAAGCGCGAGAAAGAAUUGAAGGAGAUUGGGGCGUCACGAAAGGGUGGGCAGUUUGUCGACGAAAACGGAAAUGUCCUGAAGGGCAGUGAGGGUGUCUCGGAGUUACUAGACAGAUGCCUAAACUACACGGCCAUCCUUCUAGAAAGGAAUGGCCAUUUCCCCGAAAAGUGGAAGUCAAUUUAUGAUGUCCUUGUCGAUAUUAGAAAUGAGCUCGACAAGCUAUCCCUCACCCAGGCGUGGUCUCUACGAGAAACCGAUUUAUACGAUUAUCAGCGACAGCUCGACAGGAUCGACGAGAGUAGGAUUGACGGGAACUGGGUGGAUGACCAAGGACAACCGGCCGAACUCUACGUUCAAAGAACGCUUCUUUACCUGAUUCGAAGGAGCUAUGGCUACAUAUAUCAGCUCAUGAUAUCCUCUGAGCCGGUUUCAGAGGCCCUCCUGCCGAUUUACAAUCAAUUACAAACCCUGAAGCGAUGUCUCGUCGAGGUAAAAAACAACGGCGGCGUGACCUCGGUGAGAGAGCUCUAUCCUUACAGCAUGAAGCUAAACUCGAUCGACAACAUGAGGGUUGACGGCAAGUUCAUGGUCGGCGAAGACAUUCCCGAAGGCCAGGGCAGCGUGACCGAACUGCUGGCCGAGUGCUUCGACUUAAACUACGAACUUCGGGUAGCUGCGGAAGAAUCUGCCGAAGCAGCCACAGAAAGCCAAACUGCGGAGUCGUAGGCCCUAUGCUAAUAUGAUGGGGGCCUACUUUUUUUUAAUAGAGUUAAAAAGCAUGUCUCGAUUCGCCGAACUGACUCAUGCGGACGAAUGUAUGGUUUAGAGUAGAUGGGGGCUUGAUUCCCGAGUCUACAGCGUCUUGUACGCAGACAGGCCACAGCGUUGUAGCGUGGCACUAACACAGCGUCAUUAUGAGCAUCAGGUUUACUCGGGUAGAUGGGAUACAGGUCGGAAGGUAGCAUUAGU